AUGGCUAGCGAGGACCAAAGUAUUCGCGGAUUAUUCGCGAAGGCCGAGCGCGCACGGCAGGAGCUGAGCGCCGCAUACGAGCCGAAUAGUCCUACAUACCAAGAAAAUCUCACCAACACCAUUGCCACGUACAUUCAAUGUCUGAAGAAGGCCGAGGAUUUCUCGUUAUUCAGCCCUAACGAGACCCUUGAAGAUAUAACCUCGUCUGACAUCCAAUACAUGGCCAUCAACUACCAUCUGGCCGAACUCAUCCAGAAGGUCUUCACCCCUGAGGUUUCAGCAAGAAAGGAGCAUCUCAUACAGGCAAGAGCACGAUACGAGCGUUUCUUGAAGCUGCUUGAUUCAUACGACAUGCUUGGCAAAGGCGACGUUAAACUCUUCGAGUCGUACAAUGAAGACAAGCAGAAUUUCUCCACAGUCAGCACAAAAGACGCUGCUGCAAGGAGAGAUGUGAAGAUUGCGAGGUUCAGGGAAGAGAAGGAAUUGAAGCGGAAGCUCGAGUACUUGCAACAAAACCCGAAGCUUGCAGAGCAGGACGACCAAGUUGUUCGAGACCUGAACUUGACCAACAUUGCGUUUAUGGUGCACCAGACAUUCCAGUCGCUCGAGUCACUCGCUCAAGAGCUACACAUCAUCUCAUUAGCACCACCUGCACUUCCAUCGGGGCAGCAUGCACGUCCACAAGACGGUCGUGAGGAUGGAAGAGAUAAGGAUGGCUACUCAGAGCGUCUUGAUGGUCAGGUCGGAGGCCUCCGCUAUUCCGGGCCCAUUCUUAGCAGCGACGGAAAACCCAUGCGGCCUUUCACACUUCUGGACACCCGCCAGACUUUGAAGAAGAACGUGUUCCGACCUGAUCACAGCUUGCCUACUAUGACGAUAGACGAAUAUCUUGAGGAGGAGAAGCGUCGCGGAGGCAUCAUCGAGGGUGGAGGCCCGCAGUCAGAAGUCCGACCUGAGCCUAACGAGGACGACUUCGACGCAGCUGAUGCCGAGACAAUGAAGGCACGCGCGUGGGACGAGUACGUCGAGGAGAAUCCUAAGGGCUCCGGCAACACAAUCAACAGAGGCUAG